AUGCGAGCUAAACUUGAAGGUGAUCAACGAAACGAUCUAUUGAAACCAUUAGAAACAAAUGGAUGGAAAUUAGUUGAUGAUCGUGAUGCUAUAUCAAAAACAUUCUUAUUUAAAAAUUUUAAUCAAGCUUUCGGUUUUAUGACACGUGUUGCUUUAUUAGCUGAAAAACUUGAUCAUCAUCCAGAAUGGUUUAAUGUUUAUAAUAAAGUUCAAGUUACAUUAAGUACACAUGAUUUAAAUGGUCUAUCGACACAUGAUGUACAAAUGGCUCAAUUUAUGGAUAAAUGUGUUUCGGAAACAACAGAUUCGAAAUAA